UUAGUGAUGGGUGGAGAAAGGACCGUUUGCAGUUGGUUCAGUGUGUUGAAGAGUGUGUUCUGAGAGCAGAGGGCAUCUACUCCACAUAGAGAUGGCAGCCCUUCAGUAAGAUGUUGGAAACGUCCCUAACUUACAGAAAUCAUUGCCUUCAUUUUCAUCCCACAAGACUGAGCUGGACUGUUAAAUGCCCUCUCAAUAUAAAGGGCUAAAAUGUUUGUGGUCUCCUUGCCAAGAUGUCUACAGAUCUGUGUGUCUUUGGUAAUGGUGUCCAGACUACAAGGCAGGGUUUCAGCUCCAAAACGUCUGGAGGCCCCGGUCGAGCAGCCCUUCACUCUGAGCUGUACGCUUGUCAAGGGCAGAGGAGAAUCGGUUCAACAGGUCCGCUGGCUGGAUGUGCAGAACCAGACGUUAAUCACUUACCAGCCUGGUGAACAAGACAGCGUGAGCGGACAACAGCAUGUGGAGCUAGCUCCUUCACCACGAGAUGCCAGCGCCAUCACCAUUAAACGAGUCAGCUACAGGGAUGAGGGCUGUUAUACUUGCAUCUUUGAUAUUUAUCCCAAAGGCUCAAGAGAAGGACAAACCUGCCUUACUGUCACAGCAAUGGUGAUUCCAGAAGGCAAUAAGACUGCAGUGGGUGGUAAACAAGCCUCUCUGGCCUGUCGUUACGGCCUGCCGGAGAAGGUCAAGACGGUGUUAUGGAAGAAGAUUGUAAAUAAAGCAGAAUCCCGUGAAGUUGCAUCUUUUGCAAAGCAGAGUGACCCUGUAAUUGAAGAAGAGUUUGUGGACCGCGCAAGCCUGAGCCCUUCCCUAUCUGACACACAGCUAACGUUAUGGCCGGUCCGACCUGAAGAUGAGGCCUGCUACACCUGUGAGUUCCAAGUGUACCCGGACAGCACUAAGAGUGCCACAAGUUGCCUCACUAUAUUUGUUCUCCCCAAACCUCAAGUAAGCUACAAGACCACAUCUCCAGGAGUGAUCGAGGCUAACUGUACUGCCGUGGCCCGGCCACAAGCCGAAAUAGUGUGGAAUGUGGAAGGAAAUAACCGGACCAUUGGCCCACCUGUGACCACCGCUAUUCAGCAGAAUGACGGGACGACUCUGGUCAUCAGCACCUUGACCAUCCAGGCUGGACUCCUGAAGGAUGUCUCUGUCAAAUGUCUCGUUCAUCAUAAAGGACUGGAGACUGCCAUUGCUGUUUCCAUGAACACUAAAAUUGGCACGGCACUCGCUAUCCUGAUCUCUGUGACUACUGUAGCCUUCCUUCUAGUCCUUUGCCUCUGUUUCUGUUUGUGGAAGUGUGUCCUGCGUAAGGAUGAGCCUGAAGAGCAUCAACUACCAAGAAGAGGCCGAGAAGAAAGAGAGACAGACAGUUAAAUAGUGAAUCAUUUUGACUGUGACAGACGACAAGCUUCAGUUCUCUUUACAAUACAGAUGUGCUGAGACACCAGUGAAGAUGAAAAUCUCCUGUCAUCAUAUUUCCUGCCUUUCCAGCCAAAGAAACCAGUGACGCGUCUCUACAUGAGGAAAGAUGCUACAUUUGAAAGAAUUUGUAAAUCCAUCACUAAUAUAAAGGUCUUAUCGUGGUACAGAGGGUAGUUUAAACUUAGUAUUUGUCUGUUUUAAUACCCAUUUGAAGGACAAUAAAAAAACAUCUCAAAACUUCUUAACUUUUUGAAUUCUUGAAAAAAAAUAGCUGUUCACUCAAAGAAAGUGUAUGAAAGCUUCAUUAUGUAAUAAUCAUUGUGAGUAAUUGAAAUGUUACAGUGAACUGCACUGUAUUGCAGAAAAAACAUUCUAUGAUAUCUUUUUGGUUUUCUGAUAUUUAUAUUAUGAUUGAAUAUUUUCCUUUAUAGUUUAUAAUCUUGAUUUUGCUCUGUCCUUUCGUUUUUAAGGUGGACAUUCGCACUGCCGAUAAAAGGAUGUAAGUCCAGUGAGGUAGACUGAGCACUACACAGUUGUUUUUCACUCUAGACUUUGUAUACUUUUAGAAAAUCAUUAAAUAUCUUUUAGCUUAUUCUAUUGUAUUGUUAAAUGUAUA